AUGUUUGCAGCUCGUCCGCUUACUUCGCGUCUCGAAACGAGUGAAACUCGCCUGUGGUACGAAAACACCGAGGAAAACCAAAGUACAGCGCGAGACGGUCGUAUGCAGUCGCUGCUUUCUGCCGCGCCUGACGCAGAGACUGGGCCAAAUGCGCGCACAUCUGCUCCAGAUAAUCACACUGGGCAUGAAGCAGCCGUGGUCCAGGGGGAGCAUGCGCCGGUCGACGAGAGCGAACAUGGGCCCAAACCAUGGUGGCUCGAGACUCGCUUGCCAUUCCUCUUUCCACCCUCGCAGUUCCCUUUGAAUUUACCGCCGCCCAUGGCUCUGACGCCGCUUCCUACGUUGCAGCGCUGGAAAUGGCGCUUGAAUGAUUUGUCACAGCUUCGUGCACAUGUGGAGUAUGACAUGCACGAUAAAGUGACCUACCCGGAGCUCGAAUGGGACGCCAAAGUACGGUGCUCUGCGCAGCUGCAUCCGGAAGAACAGUCAUUUAUUGCAAAGCGACUGCGGCACAUCUCUUCCGAGGGCACAGACGCGCUCGCAACCUUUUUGCGGCUUCCCCAAGGCACCUACGUCCAUCCCGACGACGUUCCACGCAUCGCAAUUGGUGGCUCCGGUGGUGGAUACCGCGCGAUCUACGGCUUCGCUGGAUUUAUAAAGGAGGCGGAGAGUACGGGGCUGUGGCCUUGUGCGACAUGGGUGUCGGGCGUCAGCGGCAGCUGCUGGACAGUUGCCGCAUACUACAACAUUGCCAAGUGUUCCUCCGACGUGCUGAUCUCGCAUUUGAUGGCUAUGGCAAAUGAGGAGACACACCCCAUGAGCUUGCAUGCAAUGAAUCGUAUUGCGCGCAGCGCCAACGGUAUCUAUUACUUACUGGGACCUAUUAUGCGCAAAGCGAGGAACCGACCCGCUUCCUGUCGCAUUAUGGACUUUUACGCAACACUCAUUCAUUCAUACCAGUUCCUUCCGCGCCCCUUGGCUUUAUUGGGCACCAAGUUCUCGUACAAUGGCCCGCAUGCGCGACAAGACACUGAGCGCAACGCGCCGUAUGAACCUUUUGAAGGCCUCUCGAGGGAAACUUUCCAAUGGUCCAAGACAUGGAAAAGAGCGGGUCUCGACGAGGGUAAACAACCAAUGCCCAUCAUUACCGGAGUUCGUCGUGUUUGGCGCCCCCGCCCCAAGAAGCUGCGCGAGGUCGUGCCAAAGCAGUCGCCGCUCCCUACCAAAUCCGCAGAAGAUGCCAAAGAGGAGGACCCAAUCAUUGAUGUGCCGAAAAUCAAGGAGAUCUCACCGUAUGGAAGUGGUUAUGAUUGGUACGAAAUCUCGCCCUUGGAGUUUGGUUCGCGCAGUAUUGGUGCAUGGAUCCCGACUUGGGCGUAUGGCCGCCGUUUUGAGAAUGGAAGCUCAACGCAGCGACUGCCAGAGACAAACUUGUCCAUGAUUAUGGGGCAGUGCACCGGCGCACCUGCUGGCCCAAUUUCUGCCUACAUUGCGACCAUGCUUGCAUCAAUACCGCAAGGAACGGCGAUGUCUGCCAUCCUCGGUUGGGUCAACAGUUUUGUACAGUUGAAGCAAUGGGAGAAGCGCUGGGGUAAUCCUAUCCGCGCGGCAGAUGAACCGAACCCAUUCUAUGGGUAUGGCAUGGACAAUGUUGUGGUUGAUAUGCCCCCUCACGAAGAGGACAAAGGACCUGGCUUUGUCACAGAGGCGAGUGUCCAGGAACGGCCCCCAAGCAUCGUUGAUCAGCCGUAUGCAACUCCAUUGUUGACCAGAGAGGACCAACCCUCUGCAAAUAUACCCGACGCUGUUUCUGGCACAAGCAACUCUAUUUCAGCCGCGCCUGUCUCCACACAGCCAGCUGGACUCGCCGAGCACGAUACUAGGUAUCUGGACACAUUUGUGUCAAAAUUACCGCAUCUUGAAAUGCCUACACUUCCCCGGUUCCAGCGGCGGCGCAGCAACUCCUCCAUCGAUUCAAACUUGUCCGACAUGGAUCCCAACACCUUUAUGGCGCCGAUGGACGAGCGCGCAGAAGCGCCUGAGCAUCGCAACGAUGCCAAUGAUGAUGAGCGCCCCCAGGACGCCCAAAAACAGCACUCGUGGAACUGGGAGCAUUCGCGCAGGCUCCGACUUAUGGACAGUGGCCUUUCGAACAACUUGCCCAACCAUAUUUUAAGCUGUGAGGAACGCAAACCCGACGUGCUCAUCUCUUUUGACACUUCUUCGGAUAUCAAACUGGGCGAGGCGAAGAAGCGACUGUUUGAGUUUGCUGCAGAAUGCAAUUUCGAAAUGGAGAUGAAUAAGGACACCGUUGCGGAUUUGCUGCAAGCUUCGAAAGCCGCAGCGCACUACAAGAAUGAACAGUCGGACACUGCGGAAGAUUGGGCGCAAGAGUCCGAACGCGUUCGCUCCGUCUUUGAGCCGCAAACUGCACAGCGAUUUGGGCUAUGGCGCGCAAAGAAUGGGCCCAAAGAAGGCCGAGAUCCAGACGUCGAGCUUGUCUACUGCCCACUCUUCCCAAAUGCGGUCCAGCCGGGCUUUGACCCGACGUCCACCACGUGGAGCACAUCGUAUAAUUUAAUUUGGACUGCGGAUCAAGUAUGCGCACUUUUGCGCACAGCGGCAGCGAACGUGGAGGAUAAUAGCAAAGGAAUUCACACCAUCCGCGCUGCUGUUCGCGACGCGUACGAACGACGCCGUGCCGCGCGCCUCGCGCGCGAAGCGCUGGGCGCCGAACCGUAG